CCUACACCCCCAAACCGCUUGCCCCUUUCCCUGUGGCGAAUCUCACCUCCCGAACCAACUCGGGCUCGCCGGCGGCGGCCGCCGCGCCGGCUGCGUGAUGGAGCUUUCGUCUGCUUUCGAGGAGCGCGUCCGGCAGAUGGAGGACGCGCGCAACCACUGCAUGACCCGUCUCCAAGCCGAGAAGGAGAUCCUGGCCGCCAAGUCCCGCCUCCUCGCCGCCAAGGUCGCCGCCGCCCGCCGCCUGGAGCGCCGCCGCCUCCUCCUCGAGCGCCGCGCCGCGGAUCUCGCCUCCCGCGCCCUCGCCGCCCGCGCCGCCAUCGACGCCACCCACGCGCGCCGCCUCGCCGUCGCCCGCGACAUCAGCUCGACCAACGGCGAGAUCGAGGAGGCGCAGCGGAAGGCGGAGGAGUGGGACCGCUUCUACGAGUCCAAGAGGAAGGAGAUGGAGGAGUUCCGAGCAAUGUCGCAGCAGUUCGAGGCGGGGACUCGUCAGGAAGUUCAGAGGCUCAAGGCCUCUGUGUCUCAACUGCAGGCAGCCCUGCAGGAGCUGCAGAGCAGCGGGUUGCGCUCGGACGACGCCGGGAUCGGGGCUGCGGAAGCCAGGAAGGCCGACCUCAUGGCCAAGAAGGCGAAGCUGGACGAGACCCUGGCUCAAGCCCGACAGUUCAGAGCACUGCUUCGGCAGCAGCUCCAGAAAGCCUUCGCGUCACAGGACGAAGCGGUCUGCCGCUUGCACCCUUACUACAGAUGAAACGAACUUCAAAUGUCUACAGGCAGAUACAUGCUUUUUAUUUCAGUCUUGUUUAGAACACCGAAAUUCUCCGGAUUCCAAUCUUUGCCACUCGCUGUGCCAGCGGCGUGUGGGUCUGAGACCAAAUAUUGUAGAUAACAUGUUGUAAUUCAAACGCUAGAUGAUCAACAGCUAACGCAUCAUUGAGGCCACAGCAGCUUAGUGCUUCCUCGGCUUCUCUCUCUAGACUAAGAUGUUUUACUUGUUGCAUUGGUUCUUCGGCGCUGCUAUACACACGACGCCUGCACACCGACGCCGUCGCAAUGCCAACAGCGAGCAUGCUCGCAAGAGCGCUGUUGGGGAGGGAGCAUCGUUUGUAGGUCGUCCGGAGACUGUCGUGUGUGAAGCAAUUUCCUUGGUUCUUGUUCUUACUUCCGUUGUCCUGGCAUAUGUACGACAAGAUGUUUUCCUCAUUGCAAACCGAAAGUCGUCUGAAUUCUUAACAUAUCUUAUUUUCAUCAAUUCCAAGUAAGUUGAAUGUGCCUGAAUAUAUGUAGCUAGUGCUGCCAUUUUCUUCUUAAUGAACCCCAUUAGAGGUUCUCCCCUCUGCUAUUGUGAAUAUUCUAUUUGUGAUUACAUACAUUGGGUUUUCUCUUUUUAAUUGGCUUGUAUCAUGAAUUACACCAGGGUUAUUUACUCUGACUUAUUAUGAUGGAUUCUCUA